AUGGCUGGCGAAGUUAUCGUCGAUGCUCUUCCGUAUAUUGAUCAAGGGUACGACGAGCCAGGCAUCCGUGAAGCUGCGAUCAGUAUGGUAGAAGACGAAAAACGUCGUUACAGACCGUCGAAAAACUAUCUUGAACAUUUGCCGGCACUCAAUAUAUCAGCGUUUGAAACUGAAAUGAUGCGCACAGAGUUUGAUAGACUUCAGCAGCGUUUGCCUAUGGAAACAAUGAGUAUGAAACGCUAUGAGCUACCUCCACCACCAGCUGGAAAACUCACGGACAUGUCUGCUUGGAAUGAAUGUUUAGAAAACUCAAUGGCCCAACUCGAACAUCAAGCUACGAGAAUUACCAACUUAGAACUUAUGACGGAUUAUGGUACAGAAGCCUGGAAAUCUUAUUUAGAAGUUCUAGUAAAAUGUGUUGCUGCUGCGCAAACACAAGUGGCUAAAUUGAAAAAACAAAUUCAAGAAGUAAAUUUCCAACGAAAAAAUGUGCAGAUGCAAGUGGGUGAAAAAUUACGAGAUUUAGAAGCCAAUUGGGUAGGGUUAGUGAGCAAGAAUUAUGAGAUAGAAUUGGCAUGCGCUCACUUGGAAAAACAAAUAAGAGCAUAUGAAUUGGCCAAUCCAGAAAAAAUGGACACUGAUUAA